AUGAGGCAACAGUUUGUUGUGAAAGCUUGAAUUUUGUGUGUAUGUUUGUGUUCGUUUGUGUGUCUGUCGACCUGCCAGCACUUUCAUUUGAGCCUCAGCACUGCUGCAUGUAUACAAGAAGACACUGGGGUGAAAAUGAGGAAGACAAUACUGUGUACGUGUACCAUGAAUGUUCCAAGGAGAUAAAAGCAUCUGGCCUGACACCACCUUGGAAUGUCACACAACCCAUGUCUGUGUCACAAGCAGCAUCUGACAUCACAGCCUGCAUCUAUGCCAUGUCUCUGAUGGACUCACAGCCAACAUUACGUUGUGAACAGAAGCUGAUGAAUGUUUGGAAUCAACGCUCAUCCCAGGACACUGUGUCGCUCCUAUAUCUUGGUGAUAUAGGACAAAUCUGUGCCAAGGACUUAACAAUAAUUGAACAGAACACUUAUUGAAUCUGUUCUUAUCAAACAAGAAAAAGAAAUGUGUGCAUAUUAACUUUAUUACUGUUGU